AUGUACUUCUUAAGAGGAAGUCUCCCAUGGCAGGGGCUGAGAGCUGGAAACAAGAAACAGAAGUAUGAAAAAAUUAGCGAAAAGAAAGUUUCAACGUCUAUACUAGUGGUUCACCCUCCUGCUUUGGCAUUGUUUGCUUUGUACUUCCAUUACUGUCGUUCGCCUAGGUUUGACGGUUUUCAAUUUGAUCAUGUAUUUGACUGGACCGUUUUGAAAUAUCAGCAGUCACAACUUGCCAAUCCACCUUCUUGUGCCCUUGGGGCUGCUGGAUCAAGUUCAGAGAUGCCUUGUCCUAAUAUUGACAGGCAAUCAGGAAGAUUUUAUUAUGCAACUGUAGUUUCCCUUCAUAAAUGCUCAUUCAAACAUGCACACAGUCAAGAGAGUCACGACCGAUGA